AACGUACAAUAAAACGACAGAUUUGAUACCGAUCUUAAUCUUAGGACCUAAGAAUUCGAGAAUUGUUGUCAAUUAAAGUCAACUACGUAUUGUUAUCGCUACAUAUUACACAUAUCAGCGAUGAUAUUACCGUCGGUCUUUUCCGAAGUUAUUACACCGCCGUCGCGUGGUUGCGAUAUGUAGACGAAACUGAGAUCACGGCUCAAAAUCGAAAAAGAAAAAGAGAAAAAGAAGAAAUAAGACAAAAAUACGUAGCGCGGAGAGGAAGUAUGUACGAGAGAACGUAGAUGUUGAUAACACCGUAAUCCGGGUGUCUUGAAACAUACAGGUGCCAGCAUGCAUUUUGUACACAAAUUUCCGAAACGAUUACGAACAUGCGGGUUUUAUAAACGUAUGUGUAUAUGUAUUUAAAUAUAUAAAGAGAGACGUUAAUAUUAUAACUCUUUCAAGUACUUGAACUUGAAACAUACACACACACACACACGCACGCACACAUACGUGCGCACACACGCUGUGCAGUGAGCAUGUCCUCCAUCGUACUGAGACUGCUGUUGACAGUUUUACUGAACGAGGCGUACGCACGUAAUACACGAGACACGCAGGUGAUCCUGCUGCCGGUAUGGGAUUUGAGAGGCGCACUGGAGAUUCCGUUCACCUUCAAAGUCUUCGGCCAGUUGAUCCAGCUGACCCUACGCAGGAACGACAAAAUCGUGGCGCCCGAUUUCCAGGUUUGGAAGCACAACGUAAAAGGCGUGAUGGAGGAGUUGUCGUUGUUGAACAUGCCGGAUCCCUGCUAUUAUCUUCACAGCGAUCACGUCGGCUCCGCGGCUGUGAGUCUCUGUCAAGAACGCGGACUGCACGGGCUCGUCUUCCUGGAGAACGCAACGUUGGAGAUCACACCGUUGCGGAGCGACUUCGUCUCGUCACCGUCACUCGUCGACGACCCCCGCAUAAAAGGAGAAGAGCUCGACUUCCUCGGUGAGCCCCACUUGGUCAAGCGAUCGCCGAGAUAUCCCAUCGAGCGUAGCCUCCUGCCAGAUUUGGAGCAACGUCACCGCUUCUCACGAGAAGCUUCGAAGGACAAAUUAACGUUGGAGCUCGCCGUCUUCUUCGACGAGGCCGCGUAUCGUCUGUUCUCGCCAUUCCUCAACGAAGACGAUGAGAAGAUCCGUGACAUGCUACUGGCAUACGUGAACGGUAUCCAAGCGUUGUACCAUCACUCGAGCCUCGGUGUGGCCGUCGACGUCUCCCUGGUACGUCUAGACAUCAUCGAGAAGCAGCCGUUCGACCUUCCGCACUUCGGCGGUGAGCGGGGCAGUCUGUUGGACUCGUUUUGCAAUUACGCGAUGGCUCGCAAUCCCCCGGAGGAUGCUGAUCCGCGCCACUGGGACCUGGGCCUCUACGUGACCGGGUUGGAUCUCUACGCGAUCGAGAACGGCAGACGGAACGGCGCCACCAUGGGAUUGGCCACGGUUGGUGGAGUCUGCAUACCGCGUUACUCCUGCGUCAUCGCGGAAUUGGGGGUCACGGAUCAGCUCGGCAAGCCAUAUCCGUCCGCGGGCUUCACGUCCGUCUACAUCGCCGCGCACGAGAUCGGUCAUAACUUAGGAAUGCAUCACGAUUCGACCGGCAACGCAUGUCCCAAGGACGGCUACAUCAUGUCUCCUAGUAGGGGCACUCGAGGUGAGACCAUCUGGUCAGACUGUAGUCGCGAGAUAGCCGAGGCUCUGCCACGCACGAAAGCCUGUCUCCUGGACGCGUCUCGAAAGGACACCUCGGAGCACUCGCCGUCCCUCGACCACGCGCGCUACCGCGACCUACCCGGAAGAGAGUGGACCGCCAAGAGACAAUGCGAGUUACUCCUACGCGACAAGGACGCGAGCGUGGUGACGUUGUACCAGGCGUGUCAGUCGCUGCAAUGCGAGACUCCCCGCAGGAGCGGCUACUACUUCGCAGGGCCGGCGUUGGAAGGAACUUACUGCGCGCCCGACAGGGAGUGUCGCGGUGGAGAAUGCUCGGUCGUCUUCGAGCCACCGUCGGACACCUCGGAUGGCCAAAGAGGCAGCUGGAGCGACUGGAAGGAGCAGCCGUGCGUCAGCGGCUGCUUGCAGAGGUCCAAGGGUGCUCGUGUCAGACGGCGAUCCUGCGAGGACAGGAGUCGUAGGACCAUGGCCACCUGUAAAGGAUUGCAUUACGACGUGCUGCUGUGCAAAGACGAAUGGCUCUGCAAGAAGAAACGCCGCACGAUCGGUGAGUUCGCUACGCUCAAGUGCGGCCUCUUCAGCGACAGACUGGCUGAGCUGGACAGCACGGCGAAGGGACUGCAGGUCGGCCACGAGCCGGACAGGCCGUGGAUGGCCUGCGCCAUAUUCUGCCGGCGGAAGGACAUCGCCGCUUACUACGCGCCACGCGUGGAAUUGAAUGACUUCGGCCUCGACCCGUACUUCCCGGACGGCACGUGGUGCCACGCCGAGGAAGGCCGGGAUUAUUUCUGCCGUCAGCAUCACUGCUUGCCGGAGGACUUCCUAUUUGGGAAGAAGUCGCGGGGAGACCGCCAGCGCGAGGGCGACGCGGAGGUCGAGGAACUGGGGCCGCAAAACGCCUGGAAUCGCCUCGGCAUCGCCGACCGCUUCAUCAAGUACCUGGCCUCAGGCCCAGACGGCUUGCCGUUGUUGACCUCGAUCUCGCGCGGCAUCGCCUCCCCGCCCGGCGAGGACGAGUGGAUCGACAAGGAUUACAUCGAGCUGCCUGCAGCCGCGUGAUGACGGACGUUGCUUCAGGCUGCGCCGCCAUGUUGGGAUGUUGAUCGACGAAGAUCUUAGUUAACUAAAAUAAUCGGUACAGUCAUACAUGUAAACGAGCAAUUCAAUCGAUGAAUGAAAUCAAUUACUGAUCGGCGUAUAAUCGGCCGAGUCGAAGCAAUCAAUCGAGGCGAUCGUUAUACGUGUAAUUACGAUUUCACUCGUUAAUUCUUGUUAUCUUACAAGGAAAUAUAAGGAACUCGGAAAUUCCAGAAAUUAUGAAACUUUAUGUGGAAGUAAAGUAGUUCAUCCGCGAUGCAAAAUUAUUUUUUGUUCGCGCGGAAUUUCAGUCUGAGGGGAUGAAACCACCCUUCGAAGAAAAAAAUCAUUUUCAUUUUUAUAUAGCGUAUAUCUUUUAAAAUACGAGGCAUAUGCAAAAAAUGGUUUAUAUGAAAGUCGUAGUGUAUUUACUCUUUGCAACUAUGUAUUCGGAAUUUGCCAAAUUGAAAAAUUUUUGGAAACUCCUCCGCCCCCCCCCCUCCAGUUUUGCAAAAUUUAAAUACACAGUUGCAAAGAAUAUUAAGUACAUUACAACUUUCGUAUAAACCAUUUUUGCAUAUGCCUCGUACUUUAAAAGAUAUACGCUAAAAAUGGAAAUAGGUUUUUUUCGAAGGGUGGUCUCACCCCUUCAGACUCGAAUUCUGCACGAACAAAAAAUAGUUUUGCGUUACGGAUAAACUAUUUUACUUUCACACAAAGUUCCAUAAUUUUUGGAAUUUCCGAGUUCCCCAUGUUUCCUUGUUAGUCAACUGAAAUUUUCCGAUCGAUCAAUGCCCGUCGUUCUUACGUCGCGUGUCACGCCAACGCGAAUUAUUAACGACACAGCGAAGAAGAUAAGGCCGAGUGCGACUCUGGCCAUUGUCCAAUUAUUACCAUGAUAGAAAAAACGAUAGAGUUGAGUCACUAGUUGACAGAUUUUUACUAGACUACACCUACACUGAGGUGGUAGGGUAUAACACAGCUUCUCGGUAGGCUCGGACGCGCGUGCUCUCCUCUUCGACUCCCCCAUGUGAGAAAGUGUCUCGGGAGAUAGGAUGAGAGAGCGAUGACGUCAACCCACUUCGCCAUCUAUUUUAAGAGUGUGUCUCGAUAUUAUAUUCGUAUUCGUACACACGGGAGAACGGGUUGCGGCGGAGAAUCGAGGGCGACAAAGAGUGGAAGAAAGAAAGAAGUAGGCUGCGUGAUUGUGUCAUGUAACUUAAUAAUCCUCGUAUUAUUUAGCGUACAAAUAAUUAAUCAACCAUUAAACUUAGGAGCACGUUACAUAACAGAACGUGUGCGGCUCGACGUUGCACGAGAAUGUUUACGAUCGCGCGCCUAUGCGUGUGCUAGUAUUUCUGUCUUAACAUUU